AUGAGUUACGGUGGAUAAACGGGGGGAACAAAUCACGGCUUUUAAAGUGAAAAAUAAACAAACUGAAAAGUUUUGUUCUCGAAGGAACCGUUGGAGUACACUUUGACCAACAACACACCAUUUAACUCCGACCUCCGAUGCAAAGGCUCCAUGGCAUAAAGCCUGUCCUCAGAUUCAGCUGGUCCCUGGGGAAAGCUGCCGAGAAGCCCACCACUCUGACGUCCUGCUGUCAUUUUCCACAGCCUGAGGGGAAUCAGGAAGCAGCCGGCAGGAGCCAUGCCUGCCCUGGCCACCGGAGCCGGCCACGAGCCAGGUCUGUAUGAACUGCUGGCGGCUUUGCCCUCUCAGCUGCAGCCCCAUGUCAGCCGUCCAGAGGACAACACCUUCCUCCAGGACAUGUUUGGGGAGAGGAGCCUCCACUCGCUGGUCAAGAUCCAUGAGCGGCUGCAGCAUUACGAAGAGAGCAAACCCGUCCCCGUCCUGGACAGCGCUGCAGCUCUGGCCCAUGAAUUGUCUGAGGAGUUGGAAAGGAAACCAGCCAAUGGAGAAAUCAAGGAGCUUCUCAAACUACUGGCCAAACCCCACAUCAAGAGCCUUCUGACGGUCCACGACGCAGUUGCCCAGAAGAGUUAUGACCCCGAGCUACCUCCGCUGCCUGAAGACAUCGACGACGAUGAGGAUUCAGUGAAAAUCAUACGACUGGUUAAAAACAAGGAGCCUCUCGGAGCAACAAUAAUGCGUGACGAACACACAGGAGCCAUCCUCGUGGCCCGGAUCAUGAGAGGAGGGGCGGCCGACAGAAGCGGACUGAUUCAUGUUGGGGAUGAACUGAAGGAGGUCAAUGGAAUCCCUGUGGAUGACAAGAAACCAGAGGAAAUCAUUCGUAUUCUGGCCCAGUCACAAGGAGCCAUUACCUUUAAAGUUGUUCCCAGUGUCAAGGAGGAGCCGCCAACCAAGGAGCCAAAGGUGUUUGUGAAGGCACUUUUUGACUACGACCCUAAGGAGGACAAAGCUAUCCCAUGUAAGGAGGCCGGCCUCGCCUUCAAGAAGGGCUCCAUCCUUCAGAUCAUGAGCCAAGAUGAUGCAACCUGGUGGCAGGCCAAACUUGAAGGUGACGCUAACCCCCGUGCCGGCUUAAUCCCGUCCAAACAGUUCCAGGAGAGGAGAUUUGCACUGCGACGACCUGUUGCGACUCUCCCAUUCCAGAGGAGCUCCAGCAGACGAUCAUCUGGGUUCAGGAGAAGCUUCCGUCUCAGCAGGAGAGACAAGAAGACCAACAAGUCCAUGUACGAGUGUAAGAAGAGCGAAAUGUAUGACAUGGCUGACGUUCCCACGUACGAGGAGGUCACCCCAUACCGCAGGCAGAGCGGGGGUAAACACCGGCUGGUGGUCCUAGUAGGACCCACAGGUGUCGGCUUGAACGAGCUUAAGAGGAAGCUGUUGAUCACCGACGCUCAACACUUCAGUGUGACCAUCCCACACACGAGUCGGGCCAAGAGGAACCAGGAGAGCGACGGCGUGGAGUACCACUUCAUCUCCAAGAACCUUUUUGAGACGGACAUCCACAACAACAAGUUCAUUGAAUACGGCGAGUACAAAGGGAAUUACUACGGGACAAGCUUAGACUCUGUACGCUCCGUCCUCUCCAAGGACAAAGUGUGCCUGUUGGACGUCCAGCCUCAUACGAUAAAGCACCUACGGACGGCCGAGUUCAAACCCUUCGUGGUGUUUGUGAAGCCGCCGGCGAUUGAGAGGUUGAGAGAGACCAGAAAGAACGCCAGGAUCAUAUCGGGCAAGGACGACAAGGGAUCGGCCAAACCGUUUACGGAGGAGGACUUUCAGGAGAUGGUGAGCACGGCCCAGUCGAUGGAGACUCAGUACGGUCAUCUGUUUGAGAAGGUCAUAGUGAACGACGACCUCUCUGCGGCCUUCAGUGAGCUGCGGUUGGCAUUAAAGAAAAUUGAGACGGAAACUCACUGGGUUCCAGUCAGCUGGACUCACUCCUGAGACCCACACUUACUGUAAAAGGAGAAAAGGGAAGGGCUUUGAGAAAAAUAUGCAGGUUUUUAUCUUUUUUAUAUCUGCUGCGGCUGGUGUUGAGGGGGUGGGUGGAGUAACGGGAAUAAAACAAGACAGCGCCAGACUGCUGUGUCGCCAUACCUGAGGUGCACAGAGCUAAAAAUAAUACGUUUUUGCCUGGGAUCAGGUUGGAUUUAGACCUCGGGCUGCGGUCUGGAUGUGAAUCUCCAGGUCUGACCAGAUCUGACAGGGUUGAGGCUGAGGGCGUCCGUCCAGAAUAUGGGUCUUGGAUAUGGAACUGGGUCUCAGUCUGGGUCACACAACCAUGGCCACGAGCUGGAGCUCUUUGGUCCAAAACCAGAAUGUGGAACGAGCCUGGACCAUCGUAGCGCCAGCAGUCCUGCCAGCACAUGAGCAACCCGCCAACCAGGACCCCUUCUUUAUGGCGUUUGUAACAUUAGACCAUUAGAAACCAAAGGGAUUGACAUAUUUCUUCUUGGUGGACAACUUACAUGUAUAUGUCUGUGAGAGAAACAACCUCUGAGGGGAAAAAUGAGAGGAAAGAAAACAUACUUGCCAUCUGUCUUACUAUAUUUCUGUGCUUCUAAAAUGCUUCCAUGACUGUUGCUCCAAACAAAACAUUGUCAGGUACACUUUCAAGUAAGGGCAAUAAGUGUAAUUUUAUUUAAGAGAAAUUAAUAUAUUUUCUAUUAUCUUUCAGUUGUUUUUUUUGCAUACCUUUUUAUAUACAUAUCUUGACUUUUAGAGAAACUUGUUCUUAACUGUCGCCUCUUCUCUGACAGCUUUUCACAUUCGAGGCAUCUCUUCUUUCACUCAAGUGUUUUGAUUUCAUCACCCUAGUCUAGUUUUUCCCCCUACAAAGCACAUAAAGAGCUGUUUUAUUUAGGUGUUAUAUAUUUCCAUUUAGGAGCAUUUUGAAAAGCCACUCUUCAUAUGAAGGUGCCCAGCAUAACAGCUUUGCCAUUUAAAGUCCCAGAACUGGACACUCUUGGCUGUCUGCUAGAAGAAAAUGUUCACAAUUCUGUUUUAUUAGGGUGGAGGCUUUAUUUUUAUUCACAUAAAAGUGGCUUCAGCGCGGCUGCUAAUAGUGGGGUCCAUAGCCCACGUCCAGGAUUUUAAUUUAGAGAAAUGCUAAGCAGCCGCUCCUGAAUUUAUGAGCAUUAGAAGUAUAUUACUAAUUUGAGUCUCCCAUUCCCAGUCUAAUUUACUCAGUGCUUUUCUUUUUUAAACUUCUAUCAUUGCAAUACUAAACUCUGAUUUCUAGGAGACUGAUUUUAAAAGCAGCUAGUCAUUAAUUAAUCAUGGCUCUAUCAUUAUCAUUAACAUUGUUACAGCCUUUGUAGAUCUUUGCUGCUAAUGUAAUGAAACUCUGUUGAAGAGUUUUUACAGAUUAUAAGCGCAACAUUUUGGAAGAACAUGUCUACGCAUACAUAAGUACGAUGCUGUAGAGCCAUGUGGUGGCUAGUUUAGCUUAGCAUGACUGGCAGCAGGGGGAAACAGCUAGCCUGAUUCCUCAAAAUUAAAAACUACACCCACUAGUGCAUCUAAAGUUGUGAUUUUAUGAACUUCUUUCUGUGUAUGUGUAUCUAUAUGUGUUAAUUUGCAAGCUUUAAAUUGUGUCCAGUAUUUAUGCUAAGCUAAGCUAUUCACCUCUUGGCUCUAGCUCCGUACUUAACAUAUAGGCAUAAGUAGGCAAGUAAACUAAUUUCCCUCAAUGUCAAACAAUUCCAAUAAACGUACAGUUUUUUUACUUUCUAAAAUUGUCUUUUAUACUGGCUGUACAGCAGCUGUAUGUCCACCACAAGUUGCAAAUUCAUCAUCGUUUAUGAUGAUGCAUUUAUUUAACCUUCUAACAACAACUAUGAUAUUUAUAUAUUUGAUUUCUGUCAAUUUUAAAAAAGGAUAAUUUGAGUAUGUAUGCUGUUCAGUAAAGAUAACAUACAUUUUAAAAGGGAUUUUAACACACAGGGCCCCAAGUUUUCUAAUUUUUUUUUUGUUUUGUUUUGUUUUAAUCUCACAUUAAGAUUUUUACUUGUUCAUCUCUUCAUAUAUGACCCCUCUGCAAUCUGUUUAAUUCAUCCAAAUCAUAUUUGUACAUUCUCCAGAAAAUUAUUUUAAUUUCUUGCUGUAAAUGAGAUGCUGUUUAUGAGGCAAAGCGUUUGAAUUUACAUUAUUCUUGAUAACUGCUGCAUUUUAUAUUA